AUGGCUACGAAACUGAAGCGCUUCCUGGCUCCUGGUCCGGCAGGAGCGGAGACAACACUGCCAGCCUCCGCGAAAGUCUCUCCGGAUCUUUUAGAGGCCUCUCCAGAGCUCCCGGGUGUAUCGAGCGACAGUGCGAAUGAUCAGCAGGGGCAGUCCUCGGAAGUCUCAGCAGCAGAACCUGUAAAAGCAAAAGUUACGGAGGCAGACUUGUUGCGGAGGUUUUCCAUUAGUCAAGAUGUCUAUGGGUGGGGGGCAACUUUUUCCCGGGAGGCUCUGGCUAGGGAUCGCUCAAGAUUCAAAGAGACAGCACACGGUAUGAAAGCCAGUCUCAAGCUUGGGCUACGACUGCGGCCGUUUGGAUUGCAGCCUGCCCUGCGAGUUCGACAGCUCAGCGCUGCAUCGCGCCAUGUGGCACUACUAACGGACUCAGGACGGAUUUUUGUCCUCAUACAUACGAUGUAUCCUUGGCAAGAGGCCUAUGGCGGAGUCUGGCAUUUGCUGCCAGCGUCUUUGCAGCGUCAGUUCUCUCAAGUCUCCAUUGCUUCGGCCCCGCUGCCUGCAGAUCCCCUCGCUUUCUUUUCUGAUUCGGUAGCUUUUGCAUCUGCCUCAGCAGCAGGAGCAGAACGUGCCACUCCCCGAUCGUCACCAGACCCCCCGGAGGCGCAACAGCAGCAGCAGCAGCAGCAGCAGCAGCAGCAGCAGCAGGGAUGUGAUUGCUGCUGCAGCUUGCAGGAUCCUGCUGGAGAGUUCGCUCUGGGCGCUAUUGACGCAGAGGGGAAUCUCUGGCUUGGCUGGAGUACAGCAUGUUGCUGCCUCCGUCAGCACAGUGGGCAACAACAACAGCAACAGCAACAGCAAAGUAAUGACGACAGCUGCAGUGAGAAGGCCGCUUCGAACAUCGAUCUAGUUGGGGGGGGUCGCUGCUAUUGCCACAUAGAUCCUGAAACUGGUGGUGUGCCUUUUCGCGUCUCUGAGGAAGACAGCAGUUCUAGAUCCUCUUUUAGUUCGGACGCACAGCUGCGGCAGCUUCACUGCCCCCUGCAACGCGAGCUUGGACGCUUACCGUUGCAGCAGCAAAGCCGAGCCACAGAAAAUAAUGUUCCCUGCGUGAUGCUCUGUCUGCCCGACGGGGAGGCUGUCGCGAGGCCUACUCGCCUUCCUACUGCCGCUCCAGCAGGAGGAGGAGCAAAGGCAGCAGCAGCAAUCGACCCCUCAGGCUUUACACCGUCGAGCUCAGUAGCUCAAGCCUCCAGCGCAGUAGCAGCGGCGGCAGAGGGGAGCACCCCUGUGCGUUAUGCAGCGGUGUUUCGCUCUCGGCUGUUUCCCUCCAAGUAUGGACUUGUCGUUAGGGGGAGAAGGCAUUCUCGGCUCUUCUGCCCCCUCCCGCACAAGCCUGCCAAGCUGCUCUGCGGUCCUGGUGGGGAGGCUGGUCUGUUGCUGCUAGAGAGUGGACACCUCCUUCAGUGGGGUGUUCGUCGCGCUUCCAGUGCUGCUUCUUCUUCUUCUUCUCCUCAUCAGCGGGCGUCUACCCUCGCCAUUACGCAGAUGCGCGGUUCUCUCGAAGGUCGCAUUGUUAUCGACGCCGCCCUCGGGUGCCCCCUGCCUUCCUUCCCUCUCGACGGCAGCACUGCCUUUGACGCCUUCGCGCUGUGCAGCAACGGCAUCCUCCACGAAUUCUCUCUAGGAGCGCCUCUGCUGGACGCAGGAGCCAGCCGAUUCCCCCCCCACCCCUACCCCCUUAUUAGGCUCAGACCGAGCGUGCCAGAACCCCUCGAAGUCACGCCUCUGUGCUUCGAUCUGCUGUAUGGACACCUGAGCAGCGGCAGCUCGAGAGCCCCUUACAGCACCAGUAACUUCAAGCGGCUGCUGCAGGCGGUUCCCAAGGCUGAGAUAGAGGCGCUGCUCCCCAGCAGCAGCAGCAGCAGCAGCAGCAGCACAGCGAUUUUUGAUCGCCUAGUGGACUCUUACUGGCUCCGAGAGGUAGCAGAAGAGGGCUGCUGCUUACCCGUUGCCGCCUCCAGUGCCGCUGGCGAAGCUGAAGCUCGGCAGGGAACUGGUGAGAACGACGCAGCCUUGACAACACCAACAUCAGUGGUGGAACCUGUGAAAUACUUGUCUGCCGCAGCAGAUUUUGCAAGCGAACAAGCCAGCGCUGUCUUCUCCGCAUCCCUUAGAGAAAGCGCUCACAGCAACACGAGCGCGUCUGUGCUCACCGCCUCAAACAGCCCUCCAAGGGGUGGGGGGAGCCUUGUUCAGGCUUUUUCUGCCGAAGAAGCUGACGAUCAUUUUGCAGCCUUCCAACGGCUGCGUGAGGAGGAGAUUUUUCGCCUUUACAACACCUGGGGGACGGCAGCUGGGGGAGCUGCAGUCUCAGGAAGCGGAGUUUCAGCAGAUCCCCUGCAGAACGUUUGGUGCUGUGGAGGCUUCGUGAUCUUGGCACGGGCAAGUGGACGUCUUGUAGCUGUUCAGAGGGGAUUUCCCAAUCCUGGGAUGCUGCGAAGGCGGCUGAUUGCUUCGUCAGAGGGCAGUGGGGGAGACUUCGCUGGACCUCUAGGAAUUCCACUUGGCCCUGAGGAACUAUCGGCUCAUCAUAUUCGGCAAGUGCUGCAACUGCACAAGCACCUGGACUUGGGGGUGUGUGUGGGAGAGGGCCUUGUAGGGAGAGCCCUGGGGUGUCUGUCCACCUCACAUGACUUUUUGCCGCCCUCUCCGCCUCCGUCUGAGCAAGACAUACAGCUGAUGUUGUUGCAGCUUGCCUCGGCGGCAAAGGCACCGUAUUCGCUCUGCUGCGGGCCAGGAUAUAUUUUGCUUUCCGCCUAUUCGAUCCAUCAAACCUCCGGCAACAGCAGCGCUGCCAAGGGGGAAGGGUCCUACACUGCAGCCGAUGCAGAAGAGCGACUCAAGCUACUGCGAAGAGCCGUCUCAAGUCCGCCCAGCUUUCUUAGGGGCCCCCCUCUGGGUCAUUUUACGAGGCCCCCCAUGCGGCGGCUUGCGGGGGCCCUUUGGCGGUACGCUCGCGAGGCAGCGCGCGAGACGGCAGUUGUGCGGGAGUUGGUGGAGCACCUUUCCGUAUACCUGAGCAGACUUGCGCAGCAACACAAUGCCCAGCUGCUACAGGCUCUUGAGGAGGAGCAGCAACAGCGGCAGCAAAGGCGGGAGAGGCCUGACGCGGGAGAAGGCACAAAAGUCUCGGGGGCUAGAGUGUCGCCUAAGCGCUCUCUGCAGCAGCAGCAAGAGGCGCAGUUGGCCUCGCUGCUGCUGCUUCUGCUGGCGCGAGUAUUCGCGGCUCAGAGGGCAUGGGGUUCCCCCGAGUUGCUGCAGCUUUUGCAGCAGCAGGACGAGGAGGCGAUAGCUGUGCUAGCAGCGGGGUCGCCAGGUGCCCUUCCCUUGGCCAUCAAGCGGCGGCGAUGCAGCACGCAUGCCAGGAGAGCAGCAGCAGUGAAGAGCAGGAGACGGCCUCCCCCCGCGGAUACCACUAAAGCGCGGGGUGAAACGGAGUAG